AUGAGUGCGAUCCUCUCGGCAGACGACCUGAACGACUUCAUCAGUCCCGGCGUCGCCUGCAUCAAACCCAUCGAAACCCUCCCCUCUGCCCCGCCCCCGCCCUCGCAAGAUGCCUCCCUCGAGACCGAAGUCAUCCUCGACGGCCAACCGGGCUCCGCCGCCGCCGCCGCCGCCAACGCGCCGCCCGCCGAGAUAUCCCUGACCGACUGCCUCGCCUGCUCCGGCUGCGUCACCUCCGCCGAGGCCGUGCUGGUGAGCAUGCAGUCGCACACCGAGGUCCUCAACACGCUCGACUUCGGCCCCUCGCUGCGCAUCGUCGGGCCCGACGAGAGCGGCCAGUUCCGCGUCGACGGCCUCGAGGACGAGAGCCGCAGGCUCUUCGUCGCGAGCGUCUCGCCCCAGACGAGGGCCAGCCUGGCCGCGGCCGCGGGCAACGGCACGACGGAGAAGGAGGCCGGACACAUGCUGGAGAGACUGCUCAGCGGGCCGGAAGGGCUCGCGGGCGGGGGCAAGUGCGGGAACGGGUUCACAUGGGUCGUCGACACCAACGUCGCGCGCGAGGCCUGUCUGGUCAUGGGCGCGGACGAGGUGCUAGGCGCUGAGAAUGCGCCGGCGUCUUCCGCGACGAAGCCGAUCCUUACUGCUUCGUGCCCCGGCUGGGUUUGCUACGCCGAGAAGACGCAUCCCUACGUCCUGCCGCACCUGUCACGAGUGAAGUCUCCUCAGGCGUUGAUGGGCACGCUGCUGAAGACGACUUUGAGCAGGAAGUUGGGGAUCCCCCCAAGCAGAAUUUGGCAUCUCGCAGUCAUGCCGUGUUUCGACAAGAAGUUGGAGGCCAGUCGCGAGGAACUCACAGACGCGGUAUGGGCAGGAGACGGAACGCCAGGUCGCGGGGUCCGCGACGUCGACUGUGUUAUCACAAGUAAGGAGGUGCUGAUGCUCGCGGAAUCAAGAGGCUUCAAUUUCUUCGACCUCCCCCGGAGUAACCCUAACCUCCAGCGCGCAGUUUUCCCUGACGCGCGAUUGGAUAAAUUCCUCUUCCCCCGCCGCGCCUCCCAUCGCUCGCCCCAAGCCGCCGGCUCCUCUGGCGGAAACCUCUACUUUACUCUCCAAACGGUGGCAUCCAAACACCCCAACUCUCAGAUCCAAACAGUCCGUGGACGUAACGCUGAUGUCGUCGAAUACAUUGUCGCAUCCUCCACAGGAGACCCGAUAUUCAAAGCGGCAAGAUUCUAUGGUUUCCGCAAUAUUCAAAACCUGGUGCGCAAGCUGAAGCCCGCGCGGCCGUCUCGCAUGCCCGGUGGCAAGGCCUUCGGCGCCGCGAGACGGCCUACGGGCAAGUCUGCCGGCCUCGAGUAUGCCUACGUCGAGGUGAUGGCCUGCCCCGGCGGCUGUACCAACGGCGGUGGUCAGAUCAAGGUUGACGACCCAAUCAUGGUCGAGCGCAAGGGCUUCACGACGAAGCCUGGUCCGCCCGAGCAAAAAGAUUUCCUUGCUGAAGUUGACGAGGCGUAUUUCUCAGCCGAGGACUCUGACGGCGAGGAAGUCGUUUCCCAGAAUGGCGACACUCGCGAGGAUGUUGUUGACGGAAUUUCGCCUUCUUAUAUUCGAGAUACCCUGGCGCAUUGGGCGAGCAUAACUGGCAUAGACUUGGGUAGACUGGCACUCACGACGUAUCGCGAGGUAAUUAGCGAUGUCGGCAAGGACAAGACGAGCGAGACGGAGCGCGUCGUUCAGCUGGCGGGAAAGAUUGGCGGAGGUUGGUAG